UGUUCCUGUUUCUUUUUUUGAAAGCAUCCUACUAUUUUUUUUUCACCUUCUCGAUAUUCCCUCACCUUCCUAUUGUUAUUCGUGGAGCGUCGACGAGGAGCCGGCGGGGUGACGGGGUGUCGGUGAAUGGUUAAGGGUUCCAGUACCGGUAUAUUCCUACUGUGGCAGGUUCAUGCUUGGUUAAUCUCGGGGCAUUUCCUUCUGUGUCCCCGAGUUUUACCGGGGUGACUGUCACCAUGGGGGGGCCGUCGCUCAUCGUUUUUCUCUCGGCCCGGAGCGAUCUCCAACGGUAAGUCCUCAACUGCAGUUUACCUAGAGGGAGACCAAAGAUGAUUGUUGUCUGUGUCAAUAGGCCGAUAUCCUGUUCUCCGGGGUGCUCCUACCAAGGGCUUCUCGAUACCGGUAUCACUAUCGACUGCAGUAGUGGAGAUAUAGAAACAAAUAGCUAAAGCGAGCAAACAAUUUUGGGUUAUUAAGUGUGACACCCCCAUCACGAUACAAGCCCGACUGGGGUGUCAGUGUACCUGUACGAGUAGUCUAGAGCUUAGAGUGACACCCGUGCCCUGCUGAUCCCCGAUCCCCGAGUGGCACCCUGCCCCGAGCCAACACUGCAUGGGAUGCUAUAUGACACAGUAUUAAACAUACCAAUAUCAUACCCUGCUAUUGAUGGCAUCUCGGAACUUUCUAGGGCAGCAGGAGGGAAAAUGGUCUCACUCUUGUAAGCUAGUGUAUGCUAGCUUUGUAAUUUUUUGUGUGGGAUCGGGUAAGCUACAGUAUUAAAUCCACCCAGCAGCCUACCGUAUUUUACCCCGGCCCUGCUCUGACGGUAUUCUACCGUAACAAACAAUAAUACCAACACUCCUGAUAAAAUUUCAUGCUCCCCCGUCGCAUUCCCCUUCUCCCCCGACUAUACGCCUUUCGAAAACGCACUAAAUUCUCAACAAUGACAGGAAGCGCACAGGUUAAGCGGAAUCCGCAUGUAUGCCCCCCCCUCUACUACCCCCACUCCUCCUCCUCCUCCUCCUCCUCUAGCAUGGAGAGUGGAGAGAGAGAGAGAGAGAGCAAUUGAUUUACUAACAGUGGUAACCCACCCAUUCAGCCAGAGUUCAAAUCCGUCGAAUCCUCCCGUCCACCAUUCGACGAAGGCACAAGCUUUUCCUACACAAAGACUAUAAAAACCGACUGGGUCCCGGGCUCAGGAGCCAAUAACGACGACUGGAAGAAGCACAAAACUGUCGAAAUCGAUCCUUAUGGUGAGGGGAGAAAGCCGGUCGAUAACUACAAACUCUUGAUUUCGGGAAUAAUUCCCAGACCUGUACCCUACCCCCCCCCCCCUGCUCUGCAAAUCCAUAAACAAACUGAUGAAUUUUACGAAAAAAAAAAAAAAAGAUUGGUUUCGUAUCAACAAUCUCACUCGAUGGCCUGAGCACGAACCUCGGCCCUUUCAGUUACACAGCCCUGGUGAACCACGACCCCCCAAUCUUCUGCAUUGGCUUCAGCGGCGGGGUGGAUAAUCCAAAAGACUCCUGCCGGAAUAUCCUCGAGACCAAGGAGUGCACGAUCAACGUCAUCAGCGAGUUCUUCCAGGAGGCGGCAAACUACACGAGUAUUAAUGCUCCGCAUGGAAUCAGUGAGUGGGCGCUUAGCGGGUUGACGCCGGCAAAGAGUACGAAGGUACGGCCGGAUAGGGUUGCCGAGAGUGUGUUUAGUGUUGAGGCGGUGUAUCGGGCUCACCAUGAGUGGGUUAGUCCAGGGAGUGGGAAGGGUUCUGGGGUUUUGGUCAUUCUCGAGGGUAUGUAGCUAUAUCCCUCGCAAAAUUGGCUACGCUGAUAAUUGAUGGUGGGUGGGGCGUUCUAGGAGUCAACUUCCAUGUCCGCGAAGAUGCCCUCAACGAGGAAGGGAACAUCAUUGACCCUGCGGUGCUUAAGCCCGUCAGUCGUCUAGGUGGGAUCUCAUACAGCAGAACUACGAGUGGGUUUGAAUUGCCCAGACCGGAGUUUAGGAAAGAGGUCGAGAAGGAGGAGAUUAAGGGGUUGGUUAAGCCGAAGGCCGAGGGGCAGUAG